AUGUCCCAACAUCCGUAUUCUGCUUCAGUGCCUGCUAGUGAACAGCUCGACCUACAACAGAGCUUAUUCCCAUCAUGGCACAAUCGCAGACACUCACACUCAACAGACAUGAUUCUAGAGGGAGGACAAAGAAAGAGCGGCUCAUUUGAAGCAUUGAAAGAUAUGAUGCAAAAGCAUCAAUCCCAAAAAGACGAUCCUGACGACGACGAGCAGCCAAAAGACAAAAUGCGUGUCGCAGCAAACAACGACAACAAAAGUACACCUGUUCCUCCAGGCCCAAGUAUCUUGAUUCAAGAGCCAAAUCAGAAAGAAACCACAGCUGCUGAUUCCAAUGAGAAAAAAAAGCAGCCCAAAAUACGACGAUCUGUCAAAUUCAAUGCUGAAGAAGACAAUGGAAGCAAUUUUAUCAAGAAUUAG